AUGGCAGAUCAACAUUGGGUAGCAAGGAAGCUAGAAAAGAGAUUGUUGAGUCAGCCAUGGUUGACACAUGCAGAGGCAUGGGAUCACAUGAAGGUUGAUUACAAUGUGAUACUCAGUGAUAAAAUGCUGUACAGAGGACUUCAAAUGGCCAGGAAAAAGUAUGUUGGUAACGAGAAGGCGCAAUAUGGCAAGCUGCGUGACUAUCUGAACGAGAUACACCGGCGUAAUGAAGGUUCAUCUGCACUGUUGGCAGUGGAGCCUAUACCUCAAUCUUCUCUAUUAUUUGAUAAAUUGUAUAUUUGCUUAAACGCCUGUAAAAGGGGGUUCAAGGCUGGAUGUCGCCCCUUGAUAGGUUUAGAUGGAUGCUUCCUGAAGGGUUUUUAUGGGGGACAAUUAUUGUCAGCUGUAGGACAAGACGCAAACAAUCAUUUUUAUGUGAUUGCGUAUGCAGUAGCUGACAGUGAGACGAAGGGUCUUCUGCCAGCACUGAAGGAGGUUAUGCCUAACGCCCAUCACAGAAACUGCGUUAGGCACAUCUGGAAGAAUUUCACAAACAAAUACAAGGAUACACAACUUAAGAAUGUGGUCUGGGCUUGUGCCAAAAGUUCAACCGUUGCAGAGUUUAAUGAUAAUAUGCAAAGGCUGAAGAGAAUGAAUGAGGACGCGUGGGCUUACCUUGCAAAAUUGGAUCCAGGAUGCUGGACUAAGUCAAAAUUCAGCCACUACCCUAAAUUGGACAAUAUCACCAAUAACAUGACAGAGGUGUGGAAUGCCAAAAUAGUACACUAUAGGAAAAAACCUAUACUCACAAUGCUAGAGGAGCUCAUAUGUUACAUUAUGCGAAGGAUGGCACAACACAAAAAGGCCCUAAGCAUGUACACUAGUGUAGUUGCUCCUGUACAACAAAAAAGGAUGGAAGUCAUUAUGAAGGACACCAAGCACUGGACUGCUCAAUGGACUGGCGACGAUACUAGACAGGUAUUUGAGGUGCAAAUGCACAUGAAGAAGCUGGGGGUGCACUUAGGUAAUAACACAUGUACAUGUAACAUGUGGCAACUUACAGGAAUUUCAUGUGUGCAUGCCAUGGCUGCUAUUGCUAAGAGGGGAGACAGAGCAGACACAUAUGUGCACAAGUGGCUGAAGAUGGAUGCCUUCAGAGCAACAUAUGGUCAUUCCAUUAGCCCCGUCAACAGUGAAGAGUAUUGGGAGAAGUCUGGAGAAAUAAGCUCAAUCCCUCCCAAGAUUAAGAGGCCAAUAGGGCGUCCAGUAAAGAGAAGGAGAUAA